AAGGGGCCCUGUUGUUCAACAAUGGGGGAAAGAUUAGGACAAUGGGAAAUUGUGCUUCUGAUGGGGUGGGGACAGAGACGGAAAGGACAGACAGAUGGACAGAUGGGGGGCUGGACAGAAGGGGUCAGGUUUCUUGAAGCAGCUAGAGGACCUGAGAGUCUGGUUCCCACCUUGACAGCCUCUUCCCGGAGGCGAUGCGCACCCAGGCACCGGAGGACAGAGCUCAGCCUACAGAUGAGGCCCAUAUAGAAAAAUGGAGGCAUCUGGAGCUUGACAGCUAUGGCUCUUUGAGGCUCAUCUCUAUGCCCAUUGGUCCAACAUCCUCAUAUCUAUCAAUCAACUCUUCUCUGGUCAAAGAUGAAAUGAGGCACUUCGCUGUCUGCACUCUUCCAGCAGGACAAAAAGCUGCCAGUCACUGCUCCCUCCAUCUCUGCGAAGAGACCAUCUUCUAACAGAUCCAGCCCAGCUGACUCCCCAUCAUGCAAGGCUGGCUCAAUCUCCCCACACUCUGUCACUUCCUUCUCCCUUGGGCCUUCACCAUCUUCCACAAAGCUCUGGGGGACCCAGCAUCCCACGGGGGCCCCCACUACCUCCUGGCCCCCAUCCACGAGGUCAUUCACUCUCGUCGUGGCGCCACAACCACGCUGCCCUGCAUCCUGGGCACCCCGCCUCCCAGCUACAAGGUACGCUGGAGCAAAGUGGAACCAGGGGAGCUCCGGGAAACGCUGAUCCUUAUCACCAACGGACUGCACGCGCGGGGCUACGGGGCCCUGGGGGGUCGAGCCAGGAUGAGGAGGGGUCAUCAGCUAGACGCCUCCCUGGUCAUCGCGGGUGUGCGCCUGGAGGACGAGGGCCGGUAUCGCUGUGAGCUCAUCAACGGCAUCGAGGACGAGAGCGUGACGCUGACCCUGCGCUUAGAAGGUGUGGUGUUUCCGUACCAGCCCCGCCGAGGCCGGUACCAGUUCAAUUACUACGAGGCGAAGCAGGCGUGCGAGGAGCAGGACGGACGCCUGGCUACCUACGCCCAGCUGUACCAGGCGUGGACCGAGGGGCUAGACUGGUGUAACGCGGGAUGGCUGCUCGAGGGCUCCGUGCGUUACCCUGUGCUGACAGCGCGCGCCCCGUGCGGCGGCCACGGUCGGCCGGGGAUCCGCAGCUACGGGCCGCGCGACCGGAAGCGCGACCGCUACGACGCCUUCUGUUUCACCUCCGCGCUGGCAGGCCAAGUGUUCUUCGUGCCCGGGAGGCUGACGCUGUCUGAAGCCCACGCGGCGUGCCGGCGGCGCGGGGCCAUGGUGGCCAAGGUCGGGCACCUCUAUGCCGCCUGGAAGUUCUCGGGUCUGGACCAAUGCGAUGGCGGCUGGCUGGCGGAUGGCAGCGUGCGCUUCCCCAUCACCGUGCCGCGGCCGCGCUGCGGGGGCCUGCCUGAUCCCGGAGUGCGCAGCUUCGGCUUCCCCCAGCCCCAGCAAGCCAACUACGGGACGUACUGCUACUCCGAGUAGGGCCCACAGCACAGCCUCCGGCGCGCGCGACGAAGCCUGGGAGUCGUGGCAGAAGUCCUCUUGCCGCCUCUCCCGAGAACCUCCUCUCCCGCCAGAUGAGGAGCAGCCGCUCCUAACCCGCCUUCCUGGCGGAGGGCUACAGGCGGUAGAUCCGGGCUGGUCGGGUGUCGGGAGGGGAGGUAGUGGAGUCCUCGGUGGUGUUGUGCAGCUACGACCCUCGGACCUGCGGAUCAAGGCCCCGUGGCGUUUUGCGUGCCCCCGGCAGACGACUCAGCGACUGCUAGAGGGCGGGAGGGACGCCCAGGGCACAUUAACUGACCUCUGUAUGCAGCAAUAAAAUAACGGGAAGUUUUUGUGUUGGGCGAAGCUUUGCGCGGCGAGGCUUCCGGGAUAAGGGGAAUUAAUUCGGGCCCAGAGUGCUGACUGUGUCCGGAGGGGCUACUGCGGCUUAGGGGUGAGCCUGCAGGAGAGGGGAUGGCGAGGAGAUAGCACCAAAAGGCCUAAGGACAGUUGGAGACACAAUGAGCUCCUGGCCGGGUAUAAAACGGGGAGAUCGCAGGGUGUUGAGCCAGGCACCACUAGAGGGCGCACAAAUGCACCUCAGAUUAAAAUCUGCCAGAAGAGCUGCAACACCUAGGCCUACCCCCUGGGCACCACAGAAAAAAUAAAAGAGGGACCUAAAAAUAUUUCAAAAUGUGUUUGUAUCCUGCCAGUCUCCUAGAAUGGUUUGCAGAAGUACUAUUAAAGAAAGGAAAGUUAUACCGUUGUUACAAUUAACGGGAAAGUCACCCUAUGGAAGGAGGAGGCAGCAAACACCAGCAUGGUUCGGCAGGGUUGAUACUGGGGGUGAUUGCACAUUUGGAUCAGCGUUCACCAUCACCAUGGCCACCAAAGAAAAGAGGCAACUGGAUCAGGAGCUGUCUUAACAUCUGGCGAAAGGAAACAUACCAGUAACUCAACAUACGAACUCGAAUGUCAAUUCGUUUUUCAUAUAUAUUAUUUUUUAACUGUUCAAGCAGUCUAACCGCGGCACAAAAGCCUGGUCUAGAGACUAGUAAUGACUGGAGCAAAGGGUAUGACCCUUCUAAUAAGGCUUGAUGCACGUAAAAUUGCUUUCCAAAAGUGUUCUCACUAUUACUGUUAAAGAGAAUUCAUCUCAUAGGACUGUACAAUGUAAGAGACAGAGAAUGAUCAAAUGAAUAGCAUUUUCAAUAACCCUCAGAUAGCAAAUGAAGUAUUUGUGCCAGUUCCUAAGCUUUGGUUUUAUGGAAUUGGGCAUUGGAUAAUAUCUGCCUCCAAGUUUGUGAUGAGCAGUAUUGAGACAAUGCAUGUACUGGGUAGUACAUGCCUGCUACAUAAGAAGCAUGCAGUAAGUGGUACCUAUAAUAAUCAGUGAUUGUUAUAACAAUAAUUAUUAUUGUUCAGGUUUUUAUUAGAUAGCUUGUAGGAUUGGUUGCCAUAGCUCUUCUGGGUUUUCUAAGUUCUGGCCUAUUAUGGAAUCAAGAGCCUAGAAAGCUAAAAUCCUUGGCCCAGCAGUUUAGCCUGCAGGCAGACAUGGGUUUUCUUCAGUUUGAUGCCUUCAGACUUUGUCGAGAGACUAAUGAGAAAUUGUCAUGGGAGGAGCUUCCCAUUUGCUUGCUGCAAAGCUUUGUCUCUUUACCCAUAAAGACACAUGACCAUCCCUUACCAGUAUGGCUCAGUUGGUUGGAGCAUUGCCCCAUACACCAAAAGACUGGGGGUUUGAUUCCCGGUCAGGGUACACGCCUAGGUUGUGCAUUCGAUCUCUGGUCAAUUUCAGACACACAGAAAAACGGAAUUGUGUCACGAACCACUUCAUCGUUUAGCUUGACCAUUUCAAAUUUCUGCCCUUCUUUAUUUCAUCUAUCCCUAAGCUCAUGUUUGUUUUGGCUGGAGUAUUUUAAAGCAAAUCCCAAACAGUCUAUCAUUGUACCUGUAAUACUCAGUAUGUAUUUCUAACAUGCAGAGACUUUUUAAAAUAACCAUAAUUCCAUUAUCAAUCACAGUCUCCCAACAAAAUUAAACUGUAUUAUCUAUUAUUUAGUUAAUGGUAAAUUUCCCCUGAAUACCUAAAACAUAUCAUUUUAUAGUUGAUUUGCUCAAACCAGGAUACAACUAAGAUCUACAUAUUGUACUUGAUUAAAUUUUUGGUUAAAUUUUUUAAAGUAUCUUUGAAGCUAUAAUAUUUAUUAUUCCAUUUUGUCUAUGCCAUUUUGUUUGUUUGUUUAAGAAACUGGAUCGUUUUCCUGUCAAGUUUCCCACACUCUGGCUUUGGCUUAGUAUAUCCUUAUAAUGUUAUUUAACAUGUUCCUCUGUCUCCUGUAAUUAUAUUUAGAAGCUUGAUUUAAUUUGCAUUCACCUUUUUUCUAUUUUCUGACCACAAGUUCAUUCAACACAAAAUAACCCCUCCAGCUUUACUGAGGUGGUUGAACAUAUCCAUGACCCAAUCCGCCUCUAAACUGGAAUUCAGCUGCUGACCCAGCCUUGGCCUCAGCUUUCUCGUCAGCACCAGGGGGCACAGCACCCCAUCUGUAAGUGUCUCUGUCAGCUUCCCCUCCUGGAAGCCUUGCAGGUCGCUCACCCUCCAGACCUUUGGGCCUUGACCUGCCAGUCUCAGGCUGGCUGCAGCACAAAGUGGCAGGCACGAUCUCAGGGGGCAGGUAGGGGUAAUCGCGGAGAUACUAGAUGCCCUCGUUGGUAAGGUACCAGUAGAAAUGUCUCCAGGCACACUGUUCCUUUACGCAGCCUCGUGAUCUGAGAGACUGCAUGGCCUUCAUGACGUGAAGAUUAGGCAUGUUCUUGUCUGCCAGCUCAGGGUGUGUAGGCACGUGCACAUCCUUCUUGGCCACCAUCACUCCCUCCUUAAAAAGGAGUUCAUAAAUGGCAAUAUAGUUCUUGGGCAUCAACAUUGCAACAACUGCUGUGUAUGGGCCUGGAGCU